GUGUAGAAUUUGUUUCUGACUCUGCAGACGGGAAGGAUCUCCCUGUGGAAGGCUCGUCAGGUGAGCGUCUACACUGAGAAGACAUGAAGUUCCUCCUAGUUUUGCUUUUGCUCAUCCCGGUCAUAACUUCUUCAGAUGACCACAAACCUGAAGAGUCCCAUGAGGGUGCCGAAGAUGAAAAGAACGCCCAAGCCCUAAAUGAAGUAGUAAAAAGAAAUAAUGAAUUUGCCUUCAAUUUCUUCAAGCAACUGACCUCCGUAUCUUCUCAGGGCAAGGAUUCUCCACCCAAAAAUCUAGUUAUGUCAACUUUUAGUAUUUCUUCUGCUCUUUCCAUGCUGUUGUUGGGCGCCCAAUCAAAGACCCACCAGGAAAUCUUGGAAGGUUUGAGCCUGAACAACACAAACCUCCCAGAAAGUGAGGUCCACCGGGCUUAUUCCACUCUUCUCCAUCUGCUGAAUGAACCAAAAAGAAGCCUUCAGGUUGACAACGCCCUCUUUGUAGAGCAGACACUGACCUUGGGGAAGAACUUUGAAGAUGAUUUAAGGAAUCUUUAUCAUGCUGAAAUUAGGAAGACCAAGUUCAAUGACCCACAAGAGGCUAAAAAAGAAGUGAAUGAAUUUGUGAUGAUUGAACCCGAAGUCGAAAUUAAGGAACCUGUCAAAGAAAUUUCUUCAGAUACUAUGUUGUCCAACCAUGUUCUGUUUGAGGGAGAAUGGCAGGAUGCCUUUAAUCCAGCAUUUACAAGUACCCGGAAGUUCAAGGCUGAUAAGAACACAGAGGUGGAUGUUCCAAUGAUGCAUCGCAAGGGACAGUACAACACUUACCAUGAUACAGAGCUUCCUUGUACAGUGGUGGAGCUUCCAUACAAGAAUGAUGUAUCCAUGAUUAUCGCCAUGGCUGAGCCGGGCAAGAUCCACGAAGUAGAGCAAGGAUUGUCUGCUGAGACCGUACAACGAUGGAAGACAUCAUGGAGCAAAACGCUUAUUGACCUUUAUUUACCCAAAUUUAAUAUAACUUCCAAAAUAAACCUGGUGGAUGAGUUACCUGAAGUUGGCAUCAGAACCCCUUUCACAGGUGCUGCAAACUUCUCCGGAAUCACUCCUGAUUUCAGGCUUAAAGUGGGAUCGGCCGUACAUCAGGCCGUCAUAAAUGUGGAUGAAAAAGGGACCGUGGCCACCGCAGCCACCGCAGCCACCGCAGCCACUGCAGCCACCGCAGCCACUGCAGCCGCCGCAGCCGCCGCAGCCGCCGCCGUGGGGAAUGUUGAAAUGUCACUCCCCCCAUUAAGAUUCUAUAAUCAUCCAAUUGUUGUGAUAUUUAUUAACCAAAUAACCGACAACAUUCUUUUCAUGGGGACGGUCACCAAUCCUACAGAGAAAUGAACCUCAAUGUUUCCAUCUCUGCCACAAUGUAACAUUCCCGUGGAUUAAAUAAAACUUGAUGAAUAAAAGC